GUUGUUCGUUGUAAUUAGCACUUGUUUGCUUUUGCUUUGCAAUUGUUAAUUGAUCCAUCGGCGUCUCGAUGUUGACGUAUCGCGGACGAAAGAGAAAGAGGAGAAAACUUUCACGUGAGGCCGCGGUUUAUCUUUAUCUUUUCUUCUCGUUUGUCUCGUUCGGCGACCUCUCGUAGCGCCGCGUCGGAAUGUAGCAAAAAAACGGAUGUUUGAAAUAAACAAAGGAUUGUCGUCUUGUGUUAACUUACGACUGGACUCGUUUCAAUUCGAAACAAAGGAAUAAUAAUAGAGUGUUUUCUUAAUGAAUUGUUAAGUAAUUCUUAAGUGUUUGAAUAUUCAAGUAAUUGGUGAACGGAACGGAUUUUUAAGUUUAAUUAGGCGCAGCAAAGUCUUCAUUGGGGGGAAAAAGGGAAAAUGCGUUUCUCGCAUUCCUCACUUGAUCCGUGAUUUAUGCAACGAAAUUUCCGCUUACAGAGUGGCAGUGAAUCGAGGAAGCAGCAGCAGCAGCAGCAGAAGUCGAAUCACCGAGGAGGAAGAAGAAAAAGGGACAAGUGGCAAGAAGGACGACGUGAGGAGAAGACGAGAUGACUUCGUUUCUGAACAACACCCAGCACAUCGUCCAGGACAUUUAUGAUUAUUACCUCUGGACGCUCACAUUCUCAGACAACAGGACGAAGGGAUGGCCUCUUGUGGAUUCUCCGGGGCCUACGCUGCUCUACACCCUGCUCUACCUGUUCAUAGUGUGGAUGGGUCCGAAGUUGAUGGCCAGGAGGACACCGUUUCGUAUGACCUGGGUCCUCAUCCCCUACAACCUCUACAUGGCCGCCCUCAAUUUCUACAUAGCAAUACAGCUUCUAACUGCUUCAACUAGAUUAAGGUAUAGUUACGUAUGCGAGCCUUGCCGACAACGAUAUCAUCCCGACGAAUUGCAGAUUGCGAACGCGGUGUGGUGGUACUACUUCUCGAAGCUGCUCGAGUUCUGCGACACGUUCUUCUUUAUCCUGCGGAAGAAGGAGCAGCAGUUGACGUUCCUGCACGUCUACCAUCACUCGACGAUGUUCUCGCUGUGGUGGAUCGGGAUCAAAUGGGUGCCGAGCGGAUCAACUUUCCUUCCUGCCAUGGUGAACUCGGCCAUCCACGUGCUGAUGUAUUCGUAUUACGGAUUGUCAGCGCUCGGACCGAACGUGUCCAGAUUCCUGUGGUGGAAGAAAUACCUGACGAUCCUGCAGCUGAUCCAAUUCACAUGUGCCUUGCUGCUGGGCAUCAACGGCCUCCGCACCGGGUGCGACUUUCCCCUCUGGAUGCAUUACACCCUCAUCAUCUACAUGCUCUCCUUCAUCGUCCUCUUCGGCAAUUUCUACGUGAAGGCCUACAUGGAGAAGGGUAAUAAGAUAUUCUACGGAAACACCGGAAUCAGCUUCACCGGUUGCGGCCAGGGAACGAUGAUGCACAACGAGGACGCGCCGCAGUCGAGCACAAGCGCCCUCACCGCCAAGAAAUACAACUGAAAUGAAAAUACCACUGCCAAAACGCGAAACUCCUCACCCACUCCACCUGAUCAGUUUUGCCCUCUUCUCUCUUUUCUCCAUUAUUACUAUUAUUAUUGUUGCUGUUGAUGUUUUUCAUUUCAUUAAUUGUUGUUAUAAAUCGUAAUCGUUUGGUUUGCCUGCCCACCAUCACCACCACCAACACCACCCUAUCUACCCUUCCGUUUUCGUUCCGCGCCCAUCUUAGUUGCUAGGUGAUAAUAAUCAAACAAAACAAAACUAAAGUAAAUAUACAACUGUUACUUGUUA